AGGAGCGGAAAUGUGCAAGAUUAACAAUAAUAAUUAUCAGUAUCCGAAUUUUGUUUAGUUUGUUUUAGUGUGAUUCAAUCGUAAACAUGAUUUGGUUCAGUGUAGCAGCCCUAUGCAUCGUUUUGCCGCGCAUAGAAGGCAGUCCGGAGUUUCCACCGGAGUUCAAAUUCGGGGCAGCCACUUCGUCCUACCAGAUAGAGGGAGGCUGGGAUGCCGAUGGCAAAGGUCCAAGCAUCUGGGACAAGCUGCUCCACUCCUCGGACAACAUAUACAAGCAGGAGACGGGCGACGUGGCGGCCGACUCCUACCACCAAUGGCGGCAGGACGUCAAGGCCGCUGCUGAGUUGGGGCUGAACUUCUACAGGUUUUCCAUAUCGUGGCCGAGGAUACUGCCGAAUGGAUGGACGGAUGUGAUCAACGAGGCGGGCGUGAAGUACUACAGCGACCUCAUUGACGGUCUCCUGGCUGAGAACAUUGAGCCCGUCGUCACCAUGUACCACUGGGACCUGCCUGUUGCUCUGCAAGACCUGGGUGGCUGGACCAACCCUCUGAUAGUCCACUGGUUUGGGGAGUACGCGAGAGUUUUAUACUCCCUCUACGGUGACAGAGUCAAGAACUGGAUCACCAUCAACGAGCCGACAGUGGUCUGCGACUUCAACUACAACUACGGAACCUUCGCUCCUAAGAUACAGGAGGCGAAGUUCGCUCCGUUCCUCUGCAAUAAAUAUGUGCUACUGGCUCACGCGAAAGCUUAUAGGAUAUUCGACGAAGAAUUCCGGCCUACGAAUGAUGGUACUAUAUCCGUCGCGAACCAUAUAAUGUGGAUUGAACCUGAGACUCCGGAAGAGGAAAAGCUAGCUGAACUUGGCAGACAAUUUAUGAUUGGAAGAUAUGCUCAUCCAAUAUUCUCUAAGGAAGGAGGUUGGCCAGAAACAGUUGAGAAGAAAAUGAAAGAAGUCAGCAUGAAAGAGGGAUAUGAUGAGUCCAGGUUGCCGACUUUUACAAAAGAAGAAAAAGAAUUUAUUAAAGGUACUGCGGAUAUGUUCUCGUUCAACCACUACACGACGUCCAUGAUCCGGUCGGCGCGGGCGGACGAGACGCCCGGCACGUGGUUCAUCGAGGGGUCUAAGGAGCUGAACGCUGUUAUGGUGCCUCCACCCAACGCAACGUAUGGUGCGCUGAAAAUUAUGCCGAUCUACCCCAAAGGCAUCCGUCGCUUGGUGAACUGGCUGAAGGACCAGUACGGGGACAUCGAGAUCUUCAUCACCGAAAACGGUGUCGCCACCGCGGGAUACGACCUUAUGGACCACAUCAGAGUUGACUACAUCAGUCAAUACCUUGACCAGCUUUUACUCGCUAUCAGGGAAGAUGGAGUCCGAAUCACCGGCUACACGGUGUGGUCUCUGAUAGACAAUUUUGAGUGGUUCGAUGGAUACAAGACCAAGUUCGGCCUCUACCAGGUGAACUACGAAGACCCCAACCGAGCCCGCACCCCGCGCCUCUCCGCCCACCACUACGCCUGCAUCAUCAGGCACCGCCGCCUCGACUACCCGCCAUCUUGCCUGGAGCCCCACCACGAGAUGACGAAGAGGAAGAACAAGUCCACCAUCCGACAGAAGAUCGAGGAGACCAAGUCGAAACUGAUGCAUUAUUAUGGAAGACUACGGAACUAUUUUAUGGAUGUCCAGUAAAAGUUUACUGACAUGCUCGUAAACCCCCCCAUUACUAUCCAUCUUAC